ACUCCACAGUUAAUUAAAAGGUGCAGAGUUGUAUUUAAAUGGAACCUCUUACACAACAUGGUGGUGAAGAUAUACAGCGGACAGUUGGAGAGGGUUCACCAGGAAGGAUACCAAUAACAGCGGUGGAAUGUGAUGAUCCUGACACUCAACAUGAGAGGAACCUCGAAACAAUGGAUGAACUGUUCAAUGCUGCAAUUUCUGGGAAUGUUAGUUUCUUUGAAGAACCGGCGGGUAAGGAUUUCAAUCUCGAGCAAGUGACAGAGAGGGGGAACUCUAUUCUUCACUUGGCAGCGAAAUCUGGAAAGGUGCAGUUCAUGAAAAAAGUCCUCGAUUUGCAGCGUUCACUUUUGCUUCUGACAAAUUGCAAUGGCAACACUGCACUACAUAUUGCAGCAAGAUUAGGGCAUUUGGACAUGACAGAGCUGUUAAUAACUACUUGUGCAAAAGAACAAGAAGCUGCAGAGAAAUUCUUGCUACUAAGAAAGAGAAAUUUGGAGGAAAAUACCGCACUGCAUGAGGCUAUAAGAAAUAAUUAUUAUGACAUUGUGAAGUUACUAAUUUGGGAAGACCCAGAGUUGGUUUCGUUUACAAAUAAUGCAGGGGAAUACCCUCUCUUUUUAGCAGUGGAUCAAGGAUUUUUCAAAAUUGCUCAUUACAUUAUAGAUACCGUUCCAAAAUGCUUCUAUGGGGGAAGGAACAACAUGAAUGUCUCGCAUGCAGCUGUCAUUCGCUACCAAACUAGUAAGUAA